AUGGGCUCUGGGACUACUUGCAGCAGUAGUGGGAGCUGUCUAAGGAUUUUCAAUAUCCGCUUGGACGACAUAUGCGCAACAUUCGAGGGGUUGUAUAUCAGCUGGAACCCGAGUCUGUUUGGGAGUUGUGUUACGUUUCAUGGAUCUUGGCAGCUUGAAAAUGUGGAAGAUCUAUCACAAGCUUCUACUCACCACCUCCGACUGGACGAUCAAAAAACCAAUGACUCCGCGCCUCAUGCACACACAAACGAAACCAACAAGAACGGAAGGGACUCGACAGAAACAGAAACAUGGAUACUCUUAACACGUCACCUCUGCGACACCCGCCGCACAAAUGAAUACAUCGCGAUUAAUGCUCAAGAUGAUACAGUUUUGAGAGAUCCAGAACAUGUUGCGCUCAAGGCACACCGCAACGCACAGAGCAACUACACAAACAGCACACACCUCCUUUCACGCAUCAAAACCUCCAAACUCCAAACCCAAAGUUCAGGCUCCAUAUUAGCCUGCUACGACGGUCAAUUUGAACAAGUCGGAUUCACGGUCACUGCGUAUGCCUAUUCGUCGGAUGUGAUGGUGUCUUGGAAUACGAGGGAUAUGCAGAAGGUCCUCUCAUUUGUUCCACUUGAUCAAAAAUGA